AUGACGCGUCCCUGGACAUGGAAACUCAACUCACAACUCCUACAAGAUAAACUUAUAACCAUGUCCCUAGCGGAUGACAUUACUGAAUAUUUCACCCUGAAUGACUCCUCAGUGUCCUCCCCAAUCACCCUAUGGGCAGCACACAAGCCAGUUACCCGAGGCAAACUAAUUGCCAUAGCAACAGCCCGCAAAAAACAGCACAACAGACAACUAAUGGACACCAUCUCCGAAAUAGGCCGCCUAGAAACCCUUCAUAAACAAAACCCGACCCCCCAUUACCUUGACCAACUUACAACUGCUAGGGCCCUACUUAAACGCCUUUCCCACUCAGCCACAGCCAAGGCGCUCACAUGGACCAAGCAAAAGUAUUACGAGAAGGGCAACAAGGCAGACUCGAUGCUUGCAAAACGCCUCCAAAACCUAACAGAUACAAAACGAGUAUCUAAGAUCCGCACGCCGGAUGGCACAAUGAGUACCGACCCACACACGAUAGGAAAAACCUUCCGGCAAUACUUCACGUCCCUUUACAACCAUACCCCAGACCCCCCAGCUGAUACUAUCCAAACCUUAACGGAUGACUUCCUCAAGAAACUUUCCCUCCCUGCCCUCACCAACACAGCCAGAGCACUAAUCUCGGCAGACAUAUCCCCAGAGGAACUAAAAGCAGCAAUAAAAACCCUGAAACCCAAUAAAAGCCCCGGCCCCGACGGCUUCACAGCGAUCUACUACAAAUCAUUCGGGGACACACUCAUCCCACGAUUAUGCAAAGUCUUUAACGAAAUGCUCAAGGGCAACCCGUUACCCCCCGACAUGACACAAGCCAACAUUACCCUUCUACCUAAACCCGGGAAAUCCCACGAAGACCCGGGUCACUAUCGCCCUAUUUCACUCCUCAACAUAGACCUAAAACUUCUGACCAAAGUAAUGACAACAAGAAUCAAUCCCCUCCUACCAAGACUUAUUAAUCCAGACCAAGUAGGCUUCAUCCCUCACAGGCAAGCACAAGACAACACCAGAAGAGCCAUUGACCUGAUUUGGUACGCCAACCAUAAACGCCUCCCAACCGCCAUACUCUCCCUAGACGCUGAGAAGGCGUUCGACCGCCUUCUUUGGCCCUAUCUUUUCGCAGUGCUCCACAAAUUCAAAUUCCCACAAGAAUUUAUCGACUUUCUCCAAGCUAUGUACCAUACUCCGACCGCACGUCUACUAAUUCCCAAUAUCACCCCUCCCGCCUUUCCUAUAUUGAACGGAACCCGGCAAGGCUGCCCCCUGUCUCCCCUCUUAUUCGCCCUAUCCCUCGAACCCUUGCUAGAGACCAUACGUAACAACCCACACAUUGAGGGGCUCAAGAUAAGAGAAGACACGUUCACCAUCGCAGCGUACGCAGACGACAUCCUCCUCACCCUGACCAACCCCAUCUCGUCCAUGACCGCCCUCCUAACAACCCUGCAAGAAUACUCAAAGAUAUCGGGAUACCAACUCAAUGCCACUAAAUCAGACCUCAUGCCACUCAACCUCGCUGAACCCGCCAUUCAAACCCUGAAAAGAGAUCUCCCCUUCCGUAUUUGCCCAACAGCAAUCACCUACCUGGGAGUUCAACUCACUAGCGACACCACCGCCCUUUACACAGCCAACUAUCCCCCACUUCUCCAAAAAGCACUCCUGAACCUAGACCGUUGGAAACCGAUGACCAUAUCCUGGCUAGGAAGAAUAGCUUCUGUCAAAAUGAACCUCCUACCCAAAUUCCUCUAUGCCUUCCAAGCACUACCCAUCCCCUGUAAUAAGAACGACCUCAAACGACUACAAACUGCCAUAGACCGAUUCAUUUGGAACGGGAAAAAGCCCCGUGUCCGUAGAGCCACACUAUAUGUACCCAAACCCUCCGGAGGUCUAGGUCUUCCCAAUCUCACACACUACCUACAUGCAGCCCACCUGACACAAAUCCAGCAUUGGCAUCUCCCCCCUGCUCACAAACGAUGGGUAGACCUAGAACAUCUCAUCUUUGGGAGAGAUCACCCCUCCCAAUACAUGUGGCUCCACCUCCCCGACUAUCACCCACUCCCUGGAUCUCUGGGACCGCCUCAGCGACAAAUUUGACCUGUCCACAGGCCUAUCACCCCUUUCCCCAAUCCUCCGCAACAAACUGUUCCCACCUGGCCUCACACCACAACACUAUGCCCACUUUGAAGAUCGCGACAUAGUUAGGUUAGGACACCUCUACCCCAAUGGCGAACUCCUGCAAUACGCCGACAUCCCCAACCCUGAAACCCUAACCACAUUCGACUACUUCCGCUACCUCCAACUCCGGAGCUUCGCAGCAACGGAUACGGUCCGCAUGGCAGCCACCUCGUCACUGACCGGGUUCGAAAAAGAUACCCUCCACUCACCAUCCAGAAAGAGCCAAAUAUCAUCCAUCUACAUAACACUGACCACACACCACACUCAGAUAGCCCUCCCCUACAUUAUGGCAUGGGAAAAAGAUCUCGGACCCCCCGAGGACCCCACGGACUGGGCUGACAUCUGGGCAUCCAUUAAAUCUAUCUCAAUCUGCGUCACCCAUCAAGAGCAGGCAUACAAAAUGCUCUUCAGAUGGUACCUCACACCCUGCCGUUUAAAGGCUAUGAAACAAAGCCCCACUAACCUAUGUUGGAAAUUGUGUGGCGAAACCGGCACGUUCCUCCAUUGCUGGUGGACAUGCCCAAAACUCACCCCCCUAUGGGAAAAAAUCACGACUCUCCUAACCAGAAUACUAGACAAACCGGUCCCCCUGGACCCAUGGGCUCUACUACUAUCCAAACCCUUAGACAUCCUCACCCGUAACGAGAACAAACUCAUAGCGCGAGUGGCCUUAGCCACACGAAGAGCAAUUGCGGAAAAUUGGUCUACGCAACGUAUACCCACUCACACCCAAAUAUACACGAAAAUCACUGACAGCAUAGAUAUGGACAGACUAACAGCGCAACUGCACGACACCCCAAAAUCAUUCCACAAAGUUUGGGACCCAUGGAUAGAAGGACACAGUGACCUUCCAUGGUGAGCUGGGAAAACACUCAAAUAACGCCAUUAAUGCACAACGAGAAUGACGAUAGUCACCCGCGCAGCCACCCCCAACCCCACCUGACCCAUCUGAUACUCGGGAGGUCACCCAAGGGGGCAGCAACAUCCAACCCCUCUAAGUGAUCUUUCCCUUCCCCUUCAAAUACCUUCUCCCCCCCCCACAACCACCCAACAACUCUUCUGACUACAGCACCAGACUCCUAUGCCUAGGUCUGCUGACUUAGCCGCAACCAAAGAGUACUCAAAGGCCGCACCACCUGAGAAAACAGAUCCCCCUCCCUACCAAGAGAACUACCAUCGACCCUUCUGGCUUGGCAAACCUACAAACCAUAUCACCUCCCCUCGUAGACAUACUUCCAACCCGGACCAAUAUCCCCUCAGAUAACCAGCGACCCCCCCGACGACAUAAGUCCACUACCAAACGCCAUGUAGGGUCACAUUCACGACCUCACACUUACUAAGGCCCCCAAAGACAGAUACAGUGCAAGCCUACAAGCUGCCGAGCCAGUUUACUGAGCAAACAAAGCAAUGUCAUACCAUGUUGUCUUCAAACACAUAACCAACCUCUUUUUUCUGUUAAAAUAUACACACGACUUUUGUCUGUGAAAUGUGCUAACUAUAAAAUACAGAAUCUCAAACUAGUGAACGGACAACAGGUCGACCACGGUAGGAAGGGUGCGACUCAAUAACCAAGCCACCAUUUGCCCACCCCUCAUCCCUAUCCUACCUUCCUUACUUUGUACCCCCGACCCACUGCCUACCCCCCCUCCCUGAUCCUGGUCAUGGAGACCUAUUUGUAUUCUCACACCUCCUUGGCAAAUGUAAGAUGAGUACUGUAUGCAAUAUUGUACCCUAUCCCCCUCCCUCUUCCUUUUUGUACCCCACCCCAUCCUCAACACCAAACGAUUGCAAAAGUUGAUCUAACCACAGAAUCUAGUUGUAUACAAAUAACAUACGCUGUAACCAAAGAUGUAAUAUCUGCAUUCCUGCUCAAAUUGUUUGACUGUCGCUAUGAGUACAUGCCUGUUAUGCAAAGAUUGUAACACAAACUUUAACCCCACUUUUUUUUUCUGUACCCCUUCCCCCAAAAAACAAAAUCUUUACAAAUAAAGAAUUUUCAAAAAAAAAAAAAAAACAUAAAUAAAUCCCGUUCUACCAAGUUUUUGUUAUAGGCAAUCUCUUAUAUAGCCAAGCCCAGGUGGCUGCACUAGACCUGUAUCCAAAGAAGAUAUUGUCUAUUUCACUAGCAUUUACCAGGUGGAUGGAUGCCACUAGAAUCUACAAACCUACCUAACUUACCAGUUACCCCAUUCUCUCUUAGACUUUGCAGCCUAACCAUGGGAAUGAGCAGCAGCCAGAAACAAGGGGUGGAUUUACAUCAAGCCCUACAGCAGCUGCCUUAAGUUGUUCACAAGAAGAGAAUGCUCUGCAAAGGAGGGUUGUUUAUUUAGGCGGUCUUCCUUGGCCUCAAAUUUACACAAAGCAUGGAGUUUAUUUGUGCUGAAUUGAGGCAGAUUGUAGGAGCUGCAGACUGCACCCCAGCUAAACCGUAGCAGGCUGCUUGGUAGAGUGAAUGAAACCCACAAGCACGCUGCAGGAGUCUGGGUUAAAUAUUAAAUGGUUUUUGCAAGAAAAGUGAUGUAUCACAAUAACAUAGUAGUCUAGAUUGAAAAAAGACUAAAGUCCAUGAAGUUCAACCGUGAAAAACCUGUUAUUUUAUGCUGCUGUUGCUCCAAUAGAAGGCAAUUUCCAAUUAUGCCCGACUGGGUGCCUCCGCCAAUCGCUGCUUCCUAGUAGCCUGGAGUACUAUAAGCAAUGCACCGGACACCAUAAGCACCGUAGCCCCUUAACCGCUGCAGCUUGGCUGGGAUCUCGCUCUCCUCCACCCACCCUGGACCCAAGCCCAGGAUCCAGCUUCCAGUGAGUGGACCUCUCCUACUCCAGAGAGUCUAGCAGGUAUAGCUUUGUAGCUCUUACAAGAGCUAGUGAUUACAGCCAGUAUAGCAAUCCGAAGCAGGUAUAGCUGGUAUAGCUGUUCCCUACAAUCACGAGACGAGGCUGCGUGUUGAGGGUGAAGUGAAGUGACUUUAAUGGGACCACACUUGGCCUUUUAUGACAGUCCCCAUGCAAGGGGCACUCCCCCCUGGACCUGAGAGUAAACCACAGAAGAAACAAAUACACAAUCACAUUGGAUCUCAGAUCCAAGACACUCCCAUACAAACUAGGUCAAUACCUCCUCUGUACCUGGGAGAUAAUUUAGUCAAGUACUGUAUUAAUUGAAUUAUCUCCAGACACAAAAACACAUUUUUAUAAAAAAAUAAAAAAAAUACCUUUAAAACAUACAAAACCCCCACAAAAGGUACAUCCCCUGAUAGCCCCGAUCUGGGUGAACAGCAUAUCCAAAAAUCACCCAGAUCAGUUUAGGGAUUCAUGAAUUUCCUGGAAGUCAUAGUUUUGGCCGACCGCAUCGCGGCUAAGUGCUGCUGGGGACCGACCGGAAACCGCGAAAUCUUCCUGCCGAAAACAGUUCCAUAGAAUCACGGCUAAGUGCUGCUGGGGGACCGAACGUGAACUGCGAUGUUUUCAUGCCGAAAAUAGUUCCAGGACAUUCGCUGUUAAGUCCCCCUGAAGUCUAUUCGCAGUUUUGGUCCAUGCGAACGGCCACCAGUGAGCUAGCGUUCGGUUCUAUGGAAAGUGCCGAACCAGGAGGAAUAAAAUAUGGGUCUUUACAGUCGCUGACCUUGCCCAUAGUCUUUUGGCAGGAGGCUGGCAAGCAGGCCCCUCCAAAAGCCUGUGGCUAGGUUCUGUUCGCCAUAAUAUAUCUUUAGAAUCUGAUAAUACAACCUGAUUAGGUAGAGAAUUCUGCAUCCUUAUUGGUCUUACUGUAAAGAACCAUUUCCUGUUCACAUACAAAUCAAUUAUAUGUUUGAAUGUUCAUUUAAAAAAAAAAAAAAACAGCCUUAAAAAAAAAUAUAUAUAUAUAUAUAUAUAUAUAUAUAUAUAUAGGUGAUACUCGAAAAAUUAGAAUAUCGUGCAAAAGUUAAUUUAUUUCAGUAAUGCAACGUAAAAGGGGAAACUAAUAUAUGAGAUAGACGCAUUACAUGCAAAGCAAGUUAGUUCAAGACGUGAUUUGUCAUAAGUGCGAUGAUUAUGGCUUACAGCUCAUGAAAACCCCAAAUCCAGAAUCUCAGAAAUUAGAAUAUUACAUGCAAUCAAUAAAACAAAGAGUGUACAUAGAACAAUAUCGGACCUCUGAAAUGUACAAGCAUGCAUAUGGAGUCAGUACUUGGUCUGGGCCCCUUUUGCAGCAAUUACUGCUUCAAUGCGGCGUGGCAUGGAAGCUAUCAGCCUGUGGCACUGCUGAGGUGUUAUGGAAGACCAGGAUGCUUCAAUAGCGGCCUUCAGCUCUUCUGCAUUGUUCGGACUCAUGUCUAUCAUCUUUCUCUUGGCAAUGCCCAUUAGAUUCUCUAUGGGGUUCAGGUCAGACAAGUUUGCUGGCCAAUCAAGCACAGUAAUCCCAUGGUCAUUGAACCAGGCUUUGGUGCCUUUGGCAUUAUGGGCAGGUGCCAAGUCCUGCUGGAAAAUGAAGUCAGCAUCCCCAUAAUGCUCGUCUGCGGAAGGAAGCAUGAAGUACUCCAAAAUUUCCUGGUAGACGGCUGCGUUGACUCUGGACUUAAUGAAGCACAGUGGACCAACACCAGCAGAUGACAUGGCUCCCCAAAUCAGCACAGACUGUGGAAACUUCACACUGGACUUCAAGCAUUUUGCAGUGUGUGCCUCUCCAUUCUUCCUCCAGACUCUGGGUCCUUGGUUUCCAAAUGAGAUGCAAACGUUGCUCUCAUCAGAAAAGAGGACUUUGGACCACUGAGCAACAUACCAGGUUUGUUUUUCUUUACCCCAGGUAAGACGCUUCUGACGUUAUUUGUUGUUCAGGAACGGCUUGACAAGAGGAAUACGACAUCUGAAGCCCAUGUCCAGAAUCCGUCUGUGUGUGGUGGCUCUUGAUGCACUGACUCCAGCCUUAGUCCACUCCUUGUGACAGUCCCCAACACAUUUGAAUGGCCUUUUCCUGACAAUCCUCUCCAGGCUGCGCUAAUCGCUGCUGCUUGUGCACCUUUUUCUUCCACACUUUUCCCUUCCACAUAACUUUCUAUUAAUGUGCUUUGAUACAGCACUUUGGGAACAUCCAAUGUCCUUCGCAAUUACCUUUUGAGGCUUUCCCUCCUUAUGGAGGGUGUCUAUGAUGGUUUUCUGCACAACUCUCACGUCAGCAGUCUUCCCCAUGAUUGUGAUUCCUACUGAACCAGAAUUAGAGACCAUUUAAAGGCUCAGAAACCCUUUGCAGGUGUUAUGGCUUACUUAGCUGAUUAGAGUGGGACACUGUGAGCCUAGAAUAUUGCACCUUUUUACAAUAUUCUAAUUUACUGAGAUUGUGGAAUUGGGGUUUUCAUGAGCUGUAAGCCAUAAUUAUCGCACUUAUGACAAAUCACGGCUUGAACUAUCAAAUUUUGUAUGUAAUGCGUCUAAUUCAUAUAUUAGUUUCCCCUUUUACGUUGCAUUACUGAAAUAAAUGAACUUUUGCACGAUAUUCAAAUUUUUCGAGUAUCACCUGUAUAUUUAUAGAAUCUGAUAACACAACCUGAUUAGGUAGAGAAUUCUGCAUUCUUAUUGUAAAGAACCAAUUGCUCUACUGUAAGUGAAAAAGGAACUUCAUGGGCAACCUCUUGUCUUUUGUAUACUAGUAUUAAUUAGCAGGUUAGAGGCGGUUGGCGAAAUGCUUUAAAUGCUUUUCCUUUUUAUAUUUUAUAUUUUAUGUUGUGGCUAAUAAAUUCUUCUUUCUUGAUUAGAAAUAAGUGGUAUCUGCUCUAUAAACUGGUGAGAUAAUUCAGUGAGAUAAUACAUCAUCAGUAGAAUCUGUUCAACCCUGGGAUCGCAGAUUCGAAUCCUUGCAGGGUUGACUCAGCUCUUCAUCCUUCUGAGGUAGGUAAAAUGAGUACCAUUAAAUUGGGUAAUAGUAACAACCCCUGGAUGUUAGGCUAAGGUAACAUCCCCAGGACGAACUUGAAAAAGUAAUCUGAAUGUGCCUUUCAUGGUUAAAUAUUUUGUUAUUAUUACAUUGGUCCAUGGUGGGGACAAAACACAGAGCAAGUAUAUGCUUUUAAAUUCAUAAGUAAAAUUCUUCCUAUUUCCACAUGAUCCAAUUGUUUCUUAUACUGCACCGUUGGAGUUUUGCAUUUCUGUUCUGCGUAUAUAUUGAUUUAUCCGACACCUUGAGGAACACAUCAGCCACUAUUGGCAUAAAUCCCAGGACGGGGAUAAUACCGUCUACACUACUUUUCUUUGAGCUUGCAGCAAGCUCUUUAUAGAGUUUUUGGCACACUUUGGUUUAUUUUUAUUAUUAUAAUAUAUUACCCUAUAAUUUGUCCCUGUGCUACGGAAUUAGUUGGCGCUAUAUAAAUAAUAAAAAUUAUAAUAACAUAUUCUGAGCUAUCCCCCUGUAAACUUUAUGCAACCACUCUGGAUAUUUUAUAUGUAUGUAUUUUGAUAAUUUCACAUAGGUAUUUAAUUGGCACAGUUGCGUACAGUUGCCUUGUAAAAAUUGUAUUUAUAAGUAUAGGCAACUUAGAUGAACUUGUGUUCUGUGUAACACAGAUAUAAACUGCAAGUGUGUAUUUUAUUGUGCAGUAUUUUCAGUUUUUAACUUAUUUAAUCACCUUAAAAGCAUCAAAAUCCAAUAUUAGCCCUAGGUUAUAUGGGUUUUAGUUUAAAUUUGAUAGUAGCUCUGCAUUCAACCUUCCAAUUAUAACAUCUCACUCUCCAAUACACAUAUUACAUCAAUCACCAAAACAGCUCUUUAAUUUAUUGACUUUGAAUGGCAAUAGUCUGGCUGUACUAGCUGAGCUGAUAACCUCUCACUGCUAUCAUACCAACUUUGGAAACUAAUCAUAUUGCUAUAAAACUAGUGGUAUCCAGACAGCGAAUAGGAAUACACGUAGCAAACCGCAACACUAAGAUAUAGAUGUAAGAUUUAUUGCGAUUGGCUAAAAAAUCUUCAGGGGGCAAGACCAAAAGUCAGGAACUAAAAAAAAAACAAAAAAAAAAAACAGCUGCGGGAACAGACCAAAUAUUGUACGUGGGGGGAGCGAUUUAAUUUGUGUUACUAAUACGAUUCAGGAUUAAUCAACAAUGCAUCUACAAGUGGUUAACACGACGUUAACUCUAGAAGAAGUGAACUGAAAGGUGAUAUAUGUGUUAUGUUUUUGUUUUUUAAACGGCUCUUGUUUAGUGAGUGGUAUCGCCCAGUGUGGUGAUGUCAUGUUGUGGGCGGAGUUGUGUCCUUUGGUGCUGGGUAGCUCAGUAGGUGCAUGUAAGGUUCAUUUUAUUCUGUAAGAAAGUUACACACAGUUGGGGGGGUGGGGGGUUAAUUCAGGUUUCUAUAACAUACAGUGUGUGCUGUGCUUUUUAAAUAAAACUCUAGUAACAUAACAGCUGAGGCAUGUAUUACAUUACAUGGUCAUUAUUUAAUUACCUUUAAUUGAUUUGCUUUGUCUCUUCAAUAUCAGUAGUGCACACAGUGCUGUUAUAUUAAACAGUACAACUCCUUGUCUACUUGGGGUGUUUUCAUUCCCCCCUAAUUGUAUUGCAGCAUUAAUAAAUAAACCAAUAUUUACAAGGCACCAACAUAGUCUGUAGUGUUGUACAAUAUGUAGACAUUAGGGGUAUUUGAGGACAAAGCAAGUUGAAUGGUCUGAGAACAGAUUUUGUGGGGCGGCGCAGUCAAAGAACCUUACAGUAUGUCAGGCAGAGAUUAGCUUAUAAGGUUAUAACAAUUAAAAUAUCUUUAUUAAGGCAACAGAGCAUUAGAGAACGCCUCCCUCUUAUUGUAUCGGUGGCAUGUUCCAUUGUAGAAUCUUAAAGCUGUCUUUGUUUUGGUCUGGCCUGCCCUGUGGGGAUAUUCAGAAUCACUGCAGCAAAUCAUUGUGCAUGCAAGGUUGACCUCUGGGAUGCUAACAAAUUGAGGUGAGCCAGCCAGAGCUGUACGACAUUGGUGACAGACAGAGCAUGCUCAAAGAGUCCUCAAAUCAAGGGAAGAACAGCAAAUGACUGCUCAGUCUGCAGAUGGUGCCCUGAAAACAGCUAUUAUCAUAUGAAUGGAGCAGGCUUAGCGAGAUUUGUUUGAAAUCCUCCAGUGGUACAUGGGACAAUAGGAGUCAUCUUCAUAUAUUUUUUAUAUUUAGCAGAGGGGCUGGAAAAGCAACUCUAAAUAACACUGAUCUCUUUUUACAGCAACGUGAGCUUUGCACGCUUGUACUGAAGUGGUAAUCUUCCAGGCUUGCCAGUCUCCGAAUCGUAAAUCUGCAGAUGUGCCAGAGACAUUAUAUCCAUCUGGUGAGUAUUAACGACAGCUACACACCUCAUUUGGUCUAUUUAUGGAUGCCAUAGUUUGUGUGUUCUGUAUAUUAUUUUUUAUAUUUUUUAUAUUUUUUUAUUUAUAAAGCCUUAACAUAUUCUACAUAUAUCUAUACUUACUUUACUGUAGUUCGAAAGAUACAGGAUACUGACAAUGAAAAUACGCUGGUGUAUAUUCGUCAUACAAUUAUAAUUUUCCUUUUUAGUGAAAUAAAAUUUGCAAGCAGUUUUCAGAAUUGGAAACCAGAGGUUGGCCGAUACAAACAAUGGCUCAGAGCCUCAAUUCAUUUUGAUUGUUUAUCAAAACAUUAAUUCAUUGUAUAUAUUUACUAUUAUUUCAAGGUUUUUUUUGUAAACUGCACAGGUUUCAGCUUAAGCCUGAAAAUGGGAUGUUGGUUUAAAACCUCUUUAUUCAGACAAUAUUAUUGAUGGGCAAAUUGCUAAGAAUCUAAAUACUUAUAUUAGUUUGUCAUGAUUUCCUUAUCAUUUUUACAAAAAUUCAAAACUCUAUAAGGAUUUGUAUCAGUUUUUACAUAUGAACGUAUUUUGCAAGUUUGACUUGACAUGUGGUACCCAAUUAUAUUCUGGUUAAUUUACUUAAUCAGUAAUUGUGCAGAAUUGACAAAGUAUCUAAAAAAGGUUUCUAAGCUUUGACUUGUUUUAACCACAAUUCCCAUUUUAGUAAAUAACAAAAUUGUGAUACUGUGCACAACUAACCCUUUCAAGUCUAUUGACCUUAGAGUAGAUCUUGGCUUGGUGCAUGGAAUACUGGCUCAGAUAAUGGAACUGGCAGUCUUUCUUUUUAUUUGAUAUGCGAGUGCUGGUGUACAAUUUAAUAAUAUCAGCUAUCAUAAUUUGAUAUCUACAGCGGGCUGUAGUGGUUAUGAUGCCAGCAGUAAGCUGGCCUGGUUCCCCAGAAAUGGGUCAAACCAUUUAGUAAUGGUCUUCCUCUUACCUGGCCCCCGUUGGGCACUGAGGCUUUUUCCUGCCAUGUGAUGCACUUCUGACUUCUACUGAAAGAGGAAUCCGAUCCUGUCGAACAUUCAUUGGUUGAGAGCUUCACCUGACCAGUCUCCACCAGUGAAUAAAAUACAUUUGCACCUAAUUCACAAUAGCCGUCCAGGAACUCUUGUUCCAGGCUGGUUAAUGAUGCCCCUAUGACAGUGAAGGUGGAGUUACGCCUCCAGCACCCAAGGUGUUAAACUUGGAAUUUGCAACGUUUCAGAAUGAAACACUGCACUUACAGACUAUACGCAGCAUGCCCACUUAAAAUCACUGAAAUGGUAAUGGUGUUUGGAGUAUCCCUUUAAACAAUGAAAUUGUGACAAGAUAAGCCACGAAGACAAGUUGCUGUAUCCUGCUCUGUGAGUGCACUUGAAUAGUUGGUCAUUUGGGUGUUAAUUUCUAGCUACUCUAAUCUUGAAUCAAUGGUUAUUUACUAAACCCCACAUUUUCUGUAUCAUUUAAUAACAUUUAGGAUAAUACAGCUGAUCUUGAAGAUGAAAUCUUAAACUCUGUAGUCCACGUUUUGUCAUUUUUGACCUCAGACUUGUACUUUAGCUUUUAAUUUUAAAAAUUCUUUGUGUAUAAUCCUGACCAUCUACAGUGAUCAUUGAACCCUGCGCAAUGCAGGAGCUUCUUCCUAUGGCUAGAUCUAAUUUCUAUGAUCCAAAUUCAGGUGUGCAACCUCCAACAUCUUAAUUUGGAAGGUUCAAAUAGGUAAACAUGUUACAUUAAAUUAAUGGCUGUCUUUAAAGUGUCAUGCCAAGAAUGGUUUUGGUCCUCUUCAGAGAAAAAUAACUUUUUAAUAUAUACUUUGUUCUAGCCACAUUGCUGGCAAAUUAAACUUAUUCACAGGACCUCCUUAAGUGCUGUGCAUGCAUCUUCAAUGUCCAGAAAGUAAUGAUGAAGUAUCACACAACCUCUAGUGUACCUGCUACUCACAUCAUCUUCAGGUAAUUAAAUCUUUUCAUCUAUACAGUUACCUUGGGUUUGCCAGCACACUCUGUGGACUAGUGGUGUGUAUGUACUUAAUAGCCACAUAUUUUAUGUAGACAGGCUAAUGUUAAAGGAUAACUUUCACUUCAAAAUGAUUUAUUUAAUAAUCCUUUCAUCAAGUUUUGUAAAGAAAUAGAUUUUUUUUUUUAAUGAAGUUUAUUUAAACAAUGAGAAAACCUCAUCCCUUCCUUUAUUAUAUGACAGGGCCCUUCAGCCAUAUACACGCACCUUGGGUCAGACAGUGUUUGAAAACCAACACUCUCUAUGGUCUUCCCUGCUUCACUCACUUCACAGAAGCAGGGGAAAUCGUAGAGGCUAACUGGUUUUCAAACACUGUCUGACCCAAAGGUGCAUGUUUAUGUCUGAGGGAUCCUGCCAUGUAAUACAGGUAGGGGUGAGUUUCUCUCUUUUUAUUUUUAAUAUACUUCAUUUAAAAAAACAAAACAAUAUUUCCUUUCAAACUUGAGGAAAUGAUUAAUAUAUUAAAAAUUAGUUUUGAGUUAUCGUUGUCCUUUAACAUUAACCUAUCUACACACCAUGUGUGGCUAUAGAUAUCACUAUUCUACAGAGUGUGCUGGCGAAACCAAAGGCAACUGUGUAGAUAAAAAUAUAUACUUACCUAAAAAUAGUUCUUACCUCAUUCAACAAUGAAAAUGAUGUGAGCAGCAUGUACACACUCGAGCAGGGGUAGCCAACCAUCUGCACUCCAGCUGCUGAGCACUAUAACUCCCACAGUGUUUGUGCAGCUAUAGUAAUGACAAAGCAUCAGGGGAGAUGUAGUCCAUAACAUCCAGAGUGUCGAAGGUUGUCUAUCCCUGUGCUAGAGGUUGUGUGAUGCUACAUAUGCUGCAGGGCUGAAGUUUUCUAAAAAAAAAAUUACAUAUACUUCAUUUAGAAAAAAAAUCUGGUUUCUUGCAGAUUUUAUAAAAAGGUUUAUUAUAUUAAAAAAUAAUUUUCAGUCGACAGUUGUUGCUCAAGGGGUUUAAUAUUGGUUGUCUAGUUUGAGGGUCCCCUUUUAACUGUCCUAAGGGCCACAUUUAUAUUAAAAAUACUUUUCAAAGAAUAAUUGUUAUUCAACGUUGAUGACUUGAAGUUGUUUUAUAAAAACGUGUUGCUUUUUAACACUUGGCUUGGAAAUUUGGAUGAGGUUAAAGGAACUCUCCAGCGUUAUAAAUAAAAACCUUUAUUUAUAAUGCUGGCAUAUUUAAAACAUCUUGUAGAUUACUAGGCCCCACACUGUGCACAAAAAGAGAGAACCCAUUAAAUUCAGUGGUGAAAGGAUCUCCUGCCACAUCUCUGCUCCACUGAAACUGGUGUGUUUUUUAGGAUUUGGAGUUGUUCUAAAUUGGGGCAGUUUAAGCACCUUUACUACUAGAGUCUGUUAGAGUGAUUAAUGUGCUAGUUGGUUGCGUGCCCUGUACUCAGAUUUUGUGUCAAACUGUUUUCAAGCAUUUUGACACAUUCUAAGAGUCAUUCAGGUGUCCAUGGCACAGUCCCUUACACACUUUAUUGUUAAUGCAAAAAUGACACGUCCGGACUUGCAAUAUCAUUUUUGUCCAUAUUUGCUUUGCAUUGAUUGGCUGUAUAUGUCUGGGAUUACACCAGUAAAAACCAUAAACACCCCAAUAGGUUGUACUGCUUAUGGUACAGUCUGACAGCUAAGCAAGCUAAAAAUGGCAAGGCCAUCAGAUUUACUAUUAGACUAAUCUGUAUACAAUUUCGUAUUGCUUGUUGGGAAAUGAAAGAGACCACAACAGAUCAAUUUUAAGGAAUUGUCACUUUUUGACUCGCUCAGUGGCUGACAUUACAUAUGAAACUAUGCAGAAAGGACCGAAAAGGGAGAGAAAAACUAUAGAGGGUGUUGUGGGAAAAUGAAGAGGAAGUAAAUACAAAAAGUAGAGGCGAAGUCAAGAGCGAUUUAUUCACUAAAUUCCAAAUUGUAGUGAAUUGUUAUUGUAGCUUAACUGAUAUAAUGUAGACAACAAUAGCAGACUUAGGAAAAAAAUCAUCCAAAGCAGCUAUAGCCAGCUUGACUAUUUUAGCCUAAGUUUUGCUAUUCACAUGUCAUUUCGCUGCAAUUCAGAGUUUAAUACGUAAACCCUAAAAUGUUAAAAUAUUUAGUAUUGUUUGAGCAACUUUGUAAUGGUUCUCACAGAAAGUACCAUUCAUAAUGGUACUGAUUAGCUGUUGCCACAUGGAUUAUCAAUAAUGGGUAUAAAUGCUGGGGCUAAGGGUUAGAGAUUGAGGGAUCUAUGGUUUUCUGCACUCGAGGCUGUGGGCUAUAAUUUACAUAAUUUACAGCAAGGCGAAGCCUGGCUUAUAGCAAUAGGAGUUACAUUCCACAUUAUCUCCAGUAUUAACCCCUUAAGGAAAAGACUUCUGGAAUAAAAGGGAAUCAUGACGAAAUAUGUCCUUAAGGGGUUAAAGGCGGAACAGCAAUACACCUGUUCUCGAAGGACAAGGGGUUACAGAGCUGGGCAUAUGGCACUGUGCCUAGGGAAGGAUAAAAAGGAUGGAGGUGAGGAAAAUGAAGCAGAGGGCAACAGAAAUAGACCAGAAAGGUGAAAUUUGAAGCGUAGGGAAAAAGUAAUGGCAUGCUGAAAUUAAGAAAAUAGAGAUGCUGUGGAUCAGUUGUUGAAAUGAAUUGAGGCAGAGAAAAUCUGAAAUUGUACUGAGCCAUCCAUACCAUGCAAGAGUGUAAUAAUUAUUUAUUGAUUGGUUUUAAACAAGCUUGUAUUGUUUAUGUGGAACGAUGAUUAAAUUAUUUUGUGGAUUUAUUUCUCAGUGUACCAGUUGUGAAUACAAAGUAUCCUGUUACUUUUCACAUGCACCGACAUUUAUGCAGUAAUUUCUAUCAGAGUAUAUAAACAUUCUCUCGUGUAAUGUUUAAGCUGAAUUUUAUUGGUGAUCAGAGAACUGUAUUAUUUGUACUUGUACCUCAAACAUAUUUUGCCAGUUUAUCAUAGAUGUUGUCUCCUCUAUCAAUUCCCAUUUCCUAGCUGAUGAUGCAAUCUGUAACAGGACUCCAAGCAUCCUGAAUAUUCUAAUAUGUAACAAGAUGUACAUUAAUAUAUAAUAUACAGGCAUAUGUUGAAGAAGGGAAUCUUGCAAUACAGAGUGUAUAUGAAGAACAAGUGCAGCUCAUAUAUAUUUAAUUAUUAAUUGAAGCUCUACACCAAAAAGCCCAGCCCAGUGUGUCUGCCUGCAUUCCUGCCUAGCUAUCCAUUUAUCCAAUCAAAUUGUUUGAAUAGAAAUCUUGUUUAAAGUCACAGCUGCCAUUUUCCUACAUUACGAAUGUUACUUUGAAUGUAAGUCUGUGGAACAACUGGACCAAAAAUACAUGUAUGCCAAAUUUCCAGUCACUGAUCGGGCAUGGCAUGCUUGUUCCCUUUCUUUAUCCUUGUAAUUUUUUGCCCUCAUUUAAUAUUUACUCAGUCCUGUACUGUCAACUCACAUACACUAAUGCCCCAGGGGCAGGAUUCGAUGGUUCAAAUACUGGUAACCUGGAAAAUGCAACCAUGCCAUGUAAAUUAAAUAGGUGCUGGGGUAUGCACAGUUCUUACUGUCAGUGUAUUUGGUUUAUUUUCUUUGAGUUAAAAUGGUGUUCUGCAGUGUUCUAAAUGAUACUUUCAGUAACUGCACUGGUAGUAAAUACUUUUCUAGUGAUUUUAUAUAAUUCCUUUUUUUUUUUUUAUAGCAAUAUUUUUUUGUUAAACUCCUUUUAUGUAUAGAACUCAUUUCAAAUAGAUUGCUCAAUGCGGUUUACAAUUUAAAAAUGAACAGAUCAUUUCUUGAGGGACACUGCAUAAAAUGGGGAUACUGUCUCCCAUUUCCUGAUAUAUAGUAUAAAAAAACACAAGUACCAGACACAUUUUGGCUUGGGCUGCAAGUUAUAAUAUGUCACUGUCUGUAUCAAAUCUGUAUCAAUUUGAUCUUGGUCACACAUUCACCAUAUAGUCACAUGCCAAAAUGAAGUUGGUAACGACUGUUUUUCUGUUAAUUUUCUCCUGAAAAGCGAACUCAACAAACCUAAAGUGGUCGAAGUGACAUCGACAGCUGAAACAAUACUAGCAGUCAGUGAGACAGUUGUGACCUUUUGGGACUGCCUAAAACGUUACAGAUGCACUAAAGUGUCACUUUUAACAUAUGUUUUGCUUUCUCACGCGUAUCCCUAGACACUUCUACACAAGUUACACUUUCUUUUAUUGAAUGGAGAAAAUUUGAGACAGUGAAUUUGUUUCCCUUCAAUGUAACGUUUUAGAGGUGUAAUCAUCAAUAACACACAAAAUAUAGUAAAAGCAGUUUGACUCCGUCAUGACAGCAAGAGAUGUUUGAUUUACAGCAGGGCUUACAAUUUCCACUCACCACUAGCAAAUGGCAAGUAAAACAUUAACCCUGGCAAGUAGAAAUUCUCCUCUGGUGGGUAUACUAUGGCUUGUAGUGGUUAGUAACUCAUUUUAAGCCCUGUUUAGAGUAAGUAUAUUGGUUCAGUUCAGCUACUCUGCCCUUAAAUUUGAAAUUCACUUUGAAUUCCCAAUAACUCUCACUUUAGUAAAUUACGGUUCAUCCCACAAUGAUUGACUAGUGAUAUCAGCGGUUAUGAACUUUAUUUAUUAAUUUAAAGGCCAACAUGUUACAUCACAUUCAUAUAUUUUCAUUUACAUUUUUUUUUUCCUGAAAAUUCAAUGUUUUUAUGUUUUGUCUAAUGUGCGUGUUUUUGUUUCUAGAUGUCCUCUUCUGCUAUAUUAAGCUGGAUUAAUGAUGACAGUGAUUUUCUCUGGGUUCCUGUGUGGUUGUCUUGAUUCAGUACAGCUACAGAAUGAACAUAUCAGCAGUCUUCAAUGCUCUUCUUGUAUCAAUCCUGGCAGCAGUACUCUGGAAGUAUGUGAAACUAUGGGAGCAGUACUCCAUUAUUGAGGAAGAGUUAGAUCUUACUCGUCAAUCCGAAGAAUUGUCUCAGGUUCGCAUUGACUACCAGGCAGCAUUGUAUGCUCUGGUGGAGGAUGGCACGAGAAUGGUGUGCACUGGCAGGAUGCAUACAGACCGUGUAUGCCGCUUUGACUCACUCUGCUACUCUACAGAAGCUGAAGAGUUUGUCUUCUUUCAUAGCAACUCAUCAAUCAUGUUACCGAAUUUGGGCUCCAGACGUUUCCAGCCAGCACUGCUAGACCUGUCUUCAGUGGAUGACCACAAUACUCAGUAUUUCAACUUUGUAGAGCUGCCAGCUGCCGCUUUGAAGUUUAUGCCUAAGCCUGUUUUUGUGCCAGAUGUUGCACUUAUAAUGAACAGAUUCAAUCCUGACAACCUAAUGCAUGUUUUUCAUGAUGACCUUCUUCCCAUUUUCUACACAAUGCAGCAGUUCCCAGACUUAGAUAUGGAAUCUCGACUUUUCUUCAUGGAAGGCUGGAGUGAAGGUCAACAUUUUGAGCUGUAUAGGUUUUUAAGCAAUAAGCAGCCUCUUUUGAAGGAACAGUUAAAAAACCUAGGAAGGCUUCUCUGCUUCACCAAAUCCUAUGUGGGAUUAACAAAACUCACCACAUGGUAUCAGUAUGGCUUUGUCCAACCACAGGGGCCAAAAGCCAACAUUUUGGUUUCUGGUAAUGAAGUCAGACACUUUGCUAAGUUCAUGAUGGAGAAGUUAAACAUAAGUUCAGAGCAAGGUUCUACAGAUGACUACAUAGUAUUGUUCAGUCGAACACUUAACCGACUUAUUGUAAAUGAGGCAGAAUUACUCCUUGCGCUUGCUCAGGAAUUUCAGAUGAAAACUAUCACAGUGUCACUUGAAGACCACUCAUUUGCAGAUAUUGUUCGACUCAUCAGCAAUGCCUCCAUGCUCGUGAGCAUGCAUGGUGCCCAGUUAGUCACAUCCCUGUUUCUACCAAAAGGUGCUGUUGUGGUGGAGCUUUUUCCUUUUGCGGUAAACCAUGAACAUUACACACCAUACAAAACACUGGCAAUACUCCCAGGUAUGGAACUUCAAUAUGUUGCAUGGCAAAAUACUGAGGAGGAAAAUACAAUCACAUAUCCUGAUAGGCCAUGGGAACAGGGUGGGAUUGUACAUCUGAGUGCAGCUGACCAAGAACGAAUAAUGAAAAAUAAAGAAGUACCCCGUCACCUCUGCUGUCGUAACCCAGAGUGGCUCUUCCGUAUAUAUCAGGACACAAAAGUGAAUGUUUCCUCACUUGUGCAAGCCAUAAGAAAUGUUGUAAAAACAAAACUGGUUUCUAGGAAGCAGAGGUGGGUUAAUGGGCCAUAUCCUGGAAAAGUUAGAGAAGCAAAAUGUCAGGCUUCCAACCAGGGUACGAAUGUAGCCAAGUUGUCGGUAUCUUGGCAAAUACCAUGGAAUCUUAAGUACUUGAAAGUAAGAGAUGUUAAAUAUGAAGUAUGGAUACAAGAACAAGGUGAAAAUUCAUACAUGCCUUACAUCUUAUCUCACCAGAACCACACAUUUUCUGAAAACAUUAAACCAUCUACCACGUAUCUUGUGUGGAUCCGCUGCAUUUUCAACAAAAAUCUUCUUGGGCCUUUUGCAGAUGUCCUAUUGUGUAGCACAUAA